UGAGUUUGUUCCGAUUCGGCUGGAAACGAUUCGUUAAUGUAAGUGAAUGAAACGGACGAUGACACGUUGACGGUCCAGUACCGAUCGAGUUCGAUCAGAAAAAGCCAGCUUUUUCAGAACGGCGACGGAGAUCCCUGAAAAUCCAAGACCGUCUAGACAGGUCCAUCGCAUGGCACCGGUCCAGACGGAUCCAUCGCAUGGUACUGCUCUAGAUGGAUCUUAUUUUGAUAGAUUACUAUUUUGGUCAUAACUUACAGGACAUCGCAUAACGUAACCCAAAACAACACAAAAACAACUUCACAGUUAGAUACAAUGAAGUACAGGACAUCCAUUCUUUUCUCGGCGUUGGCUACUUCCGCAACAGCUUUUGCACCAACGCAAAGCAUUACCAGAACGCUCACUCAAACGAAUAUGGCCGAUUUCAACAAGGACGAUUUCUUGUCGUUCAAGGAAAAAGACAAAUCCGGAAACCUCCCAAACGAUCGAUCUGAAGCCAUACCCUUCCAAAAGCGCCCCCAUGCUUUGGACGGAACGUUCGCAGGCGAUGUUGGAUUUGAUCCCAUUGGUUUUGCGUCGAGCAAGGAAGAUCUCUGGAAGUACCGAGAAGCCGAAGUUAAGCAUGGACGUCUCGCCAUGCUAGCUUCUGCGGGAUGGAUCUUUGCUGAGCGCUUUGAUCGCCCUUUGGCGCAACUAUUUUCAAUGGAACCUGUCUUGGACGCCUCAAACCGCAACCCAGCCCUCCUGAACGGCGGUCUUGGUAAGGUCAGCCCUGUUUACUGGGUUUCGUGCUUGGUUGCCGCCGCGGCCAUUGACCUGAACGGGAUCGAAAAAUCACGGAACGAUCCAAACUACUUUCCUGGGAAUUUGGGAUGGGAUCCACUUGGGCUGUAUCCUUCCGAUCCUUCGGGACAGCGCCGCAUGCUGCUUGCCGAAAUCAAGCAUGGCCGUCUUGCCAUGAUUGCCAUUACAGCAUUUGCCUUUCAAGAGUUUGUUCAGCAGUAUGCUGUGAUAAACCAGACUCCAAUCUUCUUCCAACCAGCGCAGGAUGUUGU